AUAAACAUAAAAUGUAACAGCAAAUUCGAAAUCCGAAAAAAAUACAGCUUAAGUAGUCGUAAGCAAAACCAGUAUACCUCUCUCACACACACACCGAAAACCCAACAAUUCUCCCAAAAAACCACGCAUUUGCACACAGUAGAAGGUGGAAAAAACAUGAAGGAAGAAGCUAUAAGCUCUUCCCAUGAUCCUCAAUUGCUCCCUAAAUCAUCUUCUCCACCCCCAAUUCCCACACCUGCAGCUAGUUCUGUAGGAGCAUCGUCUCCUGCUGUUCCAACAAAUGCUGGGGCCACAGAUUGGUUUGCACAAGCGCAGGGUUCAAAAGCAGCUUCACUUUCCCGUAUUGGUUCACAGCCCAUGUGGACUUCAGUGAGCAAUAGUGCUGGUGGUGGUUCUGCUCUAGGAUCAUCACAACCUUCAUGUAGACCAUGGGAAAGGGGUGAUCUAUUGAGGCGUCUGUCCACUUUCCAACCCACAAACUGGUUUGGAAAGCCUAAGGCUUCAAGUUCACUGGCCUGUGCUAGAAGAGGCUGGGUGAAUGUGGAUGUUGAUAGAAUUGAGUGUGAAGCUUGUGGUGCUAAUUUGAGAUUCGUUUCUUCUGCAAUAUGGACCCCUGAUGAAGCUGAUAUUGUGGGGGAAGAAUUUGCAAAGAAACUUGACGAAGGGCACAAGGCCACUUGUCCUUGGAGCGGAAACAGCUGCGCAGAAAGCUUGGUCCAGUUCCCUCCUACACCACCAUCAGCCUUAAUUGGUGGUUAUAAGGAUCGAUGUGAUGGUUUGCUACAGUUUCCUUCACUUCCAAUUGUGGCUGCAUCUGCUAUUGAGCACAUCAAGGUCUCUCGAAGUUCAGAAAUUGAUCGCCUUCUAGCUCAAUCGCAGGCUUUUGGUGGCAUGGAACCCAUCUUUAGGUUAGACAACAUGUCAGGAACUGAAACCAACAUAGAAGAUGUCUUCCUUGUAUACUCUCGUGCCAAUAAGUUGAUAAGCCUGUGUGGAUGGGAGCCAAGAUGGCUUCCAAACAUCCAAGACUGUGAAGAACAUUCUGCUCAAUCAGCUAGGAGUGGGUACUCCAUUGGUCCCACAAAAUAUCACACUUCUCUGCAAGAUUUUGGCCAUGGAGAAAAUGUAUUGCCUUCUUCAAAGAAAAAAAUUUAUAGUAAGAAUGAAGCUGUGGGUCCCAGGUCUAAAGGUGAAUCUAGGUCGCCUUUAUUGGAUUGUAGUUUGUGUGGAGCCACCGUGAGAAUCUGGGACUUCCUCACUGUUGUCCGUCCUGCUUGCUUUACUCCAAAUAGCAAUGAUAUCCCUGAAACAAGCAAGAAGAUGGCAUUGACACGUGGAGUAAGUGCUGCUAGUGGAAUCAGUGGAUGGGUUGAUGCUGAUGGUGUGGAAAAGGAACAGACUGAGGACCUUGAUGAAGCUGCAACAAAUGAAGAGGGAAAGUCUUUGUCAAAUGUAGGAGUAGAUCUGAAUCUCACUAUGGCUGGUGGAUUAUCCUCUUCACAGGUGAACAUGGAUGCGAGGCCUGAGCAAUUCCAAGAUGUCCCGAAACAAAGAUAUCCAGUUACUGGGCAACCUUCGAGCAGUGAAGUUGGUGGUCAAGCAGCUUCAUAUGAAUCCCGAGGCCCUAGUUCACGCAAACGAAACUUAGAGGAAGGUGGAAGCACAGUUGAUAGGCCACAAUUGCCAGUACAACCGGCCGAUAGUGUUGAAGGCACUGUGAUAGACCGUGACGGGGAUGAAGUAAAUGAUGGGAGUCAGUACUCAGCUGGCCCAUCAAAGCGUCCAUGCCACUCUGAUGCUGUUGGGACCCACCAUACCUCAUAUGGCAAGGAUUCAUCAGGUGCUGGUCCUAGCCUGUCACUUGGUUUUGAGAUUGGUACUGGUGCUCCGAAAGAUGAUACCUUUGGCCGAAGACAUGAACAGCUAAUUGGUAUGCCCUCUACUCGAGACUCAACACAUGUUUCAUCUGUUAUUGCAAUGGACACUGUUCACAGUACAGAUGAUUCAAUGGAAAGUGUUGAGAAUCUUCCCGGAGACUUUGAUGAUGUUCAUUUCCCUUCUACAUCUAUGUUAAGAAGUGCAGACCCAGUGGAAACUUCAGAGUUGAACUACAGUAAUCAAGCACAACAGAGUACCUGUCCAGCUGUGGUCAGAAGUGCUGGUGAAAUGGGUGUUAGUAGCACAAAUGAUGAAGAAGUCGUGAAUGCUGAUACUGCCACUGCCAAUGUGAGGGAUGGCCCUAGCUUCGGGAUCAGUGGAGGAAGUAUUGGAAUGGGUGCUAGUCAUGAAGCUGAAAUCCAUGGGACAGAUGCUUCUGUGCACAGAGCAGAUAGCGUUGCUGGUGAGGUAGAAGCAGUUGCUGAAAUUACUGAAAAUCAGGGGCAAACAGGUGAGUUUGCUCCAGAUCCCGGGCUAAUGGGUGACUACGUCCCUGAAGAAGUGGACCGUGGAGAUCCCAAUGGUGAUAGUCAAGAUCUGACAUCUCGUUCAGUGGGAAGGGCUGAUAGUGGCUCAAAAGUUGUUGGCUCAGCCAAAGCAGAAUCCAUUGAAAGCGGUGAAAAGAAUUGUGACGUGCAACCUAUGCUCCCGAAUAGUCCACAUCCUUCUCUUUCUUGCAAUGCUGUCGUAUGUUCCGCCCAUGAAGCAUCCAAAGAAGAAGUUACCCAAAAUAAUGCCCCAGCUACUGAUGAUUGUGGAUUCAUUGAGUCAGACUAUAUGCUUGCAAAUGGGACAGGGCCUCCUAUUGGAGAAAGCAACUAUGAAGAAGUUGUAGAGUUUGAUCCAAUUAAGCAUCAUAAUUUUUUCUGUCCUUGGGUAAAUGGAAAUGUUGCUGCUGCUGGCUGCAGUAGUAGUGGCAGUUCCUCUUCCAACACUGGUGCUAUUGCUCUCUGUGGUUGGCAGCUGACAUUAGAUGCUUUGGAUUCUUUCCAGUCACUCGGACAUGUUCCAGUCCAAACUGUUGAAUCUGAAUCAGCCGCAUCUCUGUACAAGGAUGAUCAUCGUGCACCAAAUAGGAAGCUCUUGGCACGCCACUCUUUUAGCAAACAUCAUGGACAUAACUGAAUGUGAAACUAAGUGUGAGACGUACAAUCUGGGCUUGGUCCGGCAAUGUUGAUGUACCCCAGUGGUCAGCUUUGCAGUGUUUGGUCAAUAUACAUCAAAACUGUGGAAGAACAGAACUUUUCUUUCAUGGUUGCUGAUUGUUCUCUCCCUGAUGUUGAAAUUCUGUUAUAGUUGGUUAUAUAUGUGGAGAUGUGAAUGAUAUUCAAGAUAUUCUGGGUUUUCGCGGAUUCCCUAUCUCGUUGCUUUUCUUAGUUCAAACCAUUAAUAACGCCUUAAACGAAAGAGGCUGAUUUAGCUGAGGAUACUUUUCUUUUUAAUGAUUUAACAGGUUUGGCUUUUCCAGACAUCCUGAAAUUUGAGACGAUGAAGUUGAGUGAGUAAUUAUGUAAACUUAUUAUAGAUGCUUUGAGCCCUAUUUAUGUAAAAGCAUUUGGCCAACUUAAA